GCUUCUCUUAUCCCUAUCCCUAUUCAUUGUUAAUGGCUACCUUUAGGCUUCUCUUAUCCCUAUUCAUUGUUAAUUGUAUCACCGUUAUCCCUGCCGUGAAUACAGAAGACCCCGCCACAGCUCUCCCGGCAAAAUCUUUUCAACCGUUUAUCCCGCAAGAUAACUAUCUUUUCGACUGCGGCUCCAAUUCCUCCACUGUUCUCCCUGGUAACAGAACCUUUCAACCCGACAAUACGACUACAGAAUUCUUGGCUUACGACGGGAAAGACAUUCAGGUUUCCGGUGGGGCCGAGGCUAAUGCUAAUGCUAAUGUUAAUGCCUCUCCUAUUUACCGCUCGGCUAAAGUUUUUGCCACGGAUGCCACCUACACUUUUCCGAUCACCGCGCCAGGUUGGCAUUGGAUCCGCCUCCAUUUCUUCGCCCUGAACGCCACGCAUUACGACCUGAAGACCGCCAAGUUUACGGUGGAGACCGAUAAGUUAGUUCUUCUUCAUCAAUUCGAGCUUCAGAACGAUACGAGUGUGAUAAUGAAGGAGUUUCUUGUCAACGUGACGGAGGAGCGUUUCCCGUUGAAGUUCAAGCCGAAAGGCACCGUCGCAUUCGUUAACGCCAUUGAAUUCGUCUCCGCCCCUAAUCCGCUCAUCGGUGAAUACGCCACCCUUCUUUUCCCCGUUUCACAGAAAUUCGAGCUCUCAACUCACAGCUUUCAGACCGUCUACCGCCUUAACGUGGGCGGCCCGGAAAUUCUAACCGAUCAAGACUCCUUGCAGAGAAUAUGGCACCCCGACACUCCAUACCUUGACCCUAGGCAAAUGGGAAAGAAUGUCGCGGUUUCGCCGGCGAUCAUCUCCUAUCCGGAAGUGGGAGGCUCGCCACUGAUUGCUCCGCCGUUGGUUUAUGCAUCGGCGCUAGAACUCGCGGAUUCCAAAUCCGUGAAACCUAAUUUUAACAUCACUUGGAGAAUGGACGUUAAUGUUCAUUUCUGGUAUCUUAUUCGUCUCCAUUUCUGCGAUAUCGUUAGCAAGUCGCUGAAUGAGCUGUAUUUCAACGUGUAUAUCAACGACAAUAUAGCGAUUUCCGGGCUGGAUUUAUCGGCGUUGACGAGAAAGUUAGCGACGGCGUAUUACAAAGAUAUUGUGGUGAAUUCCACUAUGGUUUCCAGUCCGCUCGAGAUUAAAAUUUCCCCGGUGGAUGAUGAAGCUCAGGGGACGAGAAAUGCGAUCCUGAAUGGGGUGGAGGUGUUUAAGAUGAAUAAUUCCGUGGGGAGUUUGGACGGAGAAUUCGGGGUUGAUGGGACGAGAGCGUCGGAUAGGACGAACGGAGACCGUCAAACGGUUGCAGCCGUAGGCUUCGCCAUGAUGUUUGGCUCGUUCGUAGGGUUAGGGGCGAUGGCGGUAAAGUGGCGGAAGAGGCCGCAGGACUGGCGGAGGAGGAGCAGUUUCUCGUCGUGGUUGCUUCCCGUCCACUCCGGAGACGCAACUUUCACGAACCCUAACAGAACUCCGUUAGGAUCGCGGCAGAGCUUGUUCUUCUCAUCAACAACCGAAUUCGGCAGGUAUUUCUCGUUCUCGGAAUUGCAGGAGGCGACGAACAAUUGGGAGACGACGAAAAUCAUCGGAAUCGGAGGAUUCGGGAGCGUGUAUUUGGGAUUAGUGGAUGAAAAAACCAAAAUCGCCGUGAAACGAGGAAAUCCGCAAUCCGAACAAGGCUUCCACGAAUUCCAGACGGAAAUCCAGAUGCUAUCGAAACUCCGGCACCGGCACUUAGUAUCCCUAAUCGGAUACUGCGACGAGAACAAUGAGAUGUGUCUGGUUUAUGAAUACAUGUCCAAUGGCCCCUUACGGGACCAUCUUUACGGCAAGAAUUUACCCUCCCUUUCAUGGAAACAACGCCUAGAAAUCUGCAUCGGAGCCGCCAGGGGACUACAUUACCUGCAUACAGGCGCGGCGCAGGGGAUAAUCCACCGGGACGUGAAGAGCACGAACAUCUUGCUCGACGAAAAGUUCGUUGCGAAAAUGGCGGAUUUCGGGCUGUCCAAAAACGCAUCUACCGCGCCGGAACAGAAUCACGUGAGCACCUCCGUGAAAGGCAGUUUCGGCUACCUUGAUCCAGAGUACUUCAGAAAGCAACAGCUAACUGAUAAAUCCGACGUGUAUUCAUUCGGAGUAGUACUUUUUGAAGUAUUAUGUGCACGGCAAGCCAUUAAUCCGCAGCUACCAAGAGACCAGAUGAACUUGGCUGAGUGGGCAAUGCAAUGGAAGAGAAAAGGGUUGCUAGAGAAGAUCAUUGAUCCCACGCUUGUGGGGCAUAUAAACCCGGAAUCGAUGAGGAAAUUUGCAGAAGCUGCAGAGAAAUGCUUAGCAGAAUACGGGGUUGAUAGGCCUACCAUGGGAGAUGUGUUGUGGAAUCUGGAAUAUGCAUUGCAGCUGCAAGAGGCGUCUGCAAUGGGGAAGACCGACGAAGAAAACAAGUCGUUUGCAGCUCCAAAUUCCCCGGCUGUGAUUUCGCCUUCCACUGCCCCCUCUAACAAUCCCUUCAGCCAUUUAGCUACUGAGUAG